UGUGAUUGGAGGCUUCAGGUUGCAGCAGGUGAAACCUGAGAAGCUGCUGUCAGCACACCUGUGAACUACGCCCAUCUUUGCCUGUUCUAGUUUCAGUCGAGAGUGCAGGAAAUGGCAGCCACAACGAUUUCUGUUGAGCAGGACCAGUUCUGCUGUUCAGUGUGCCUGGAGGUGUUAAGAGACCCAGUGACGAUCCCCUGUGGACACAGCUACUGCCUGGAGUGCAUUGAAGACUACUGGAACAGGGCGAAGCAGAAAGGUCAGUGGAGCUGUCCUCAGUGCAGGCAGGUGUUCAACCCAAGACCUCUCCUGAGCAGGAACACUGUUCUGGGUGAACUGGUGGAAAAGCUUCAGAAAACCGGAUUUCAGGCCGAAAGUCAACAAUCCAGCAAACCAGAGGAGGUGAAAUGCACUUCAUGUACGGUGAGAAAAAGCAAAGCCGUGAAGUCAUGCCUUAUGUGCGUAGGGUCGUACUGCGCCUCUCACCUGAAAGCCCACGAAGAACGCUUUCGUGGAAAGGGACAUAAGCUGAUCCCACCUUCGGAUCAGCUGAAAGAGAAGCUGUGCCCACAGCACGAUAAGUUACUGAGGCUGUACUGUCACAAUGACCAGCACUGUGUGUGCUCGCAGUGUGUUAAAGAGAGCCAUAAGGGCCAUGAAACUGUCUCCGUGGUGGACGAGAGGGCAAAACAGCAGAAAAAACUCCAGGAGACCUCUUUGAAGUCUGUGCAGAAACUGAAGGAGACUGAGAAGGAACUACGAUACGUAAUCAGAUACAUCAAGCACUCCACGGAGGCUGCACAGGAGGAGAGUGAGAGGAUUUUCUCCAAGCUGAUCCGAUCCAUUGAGAAACAGAACAGCGAGGUGAAGGAGCUGAUCAGAGUCCAGGGCAAAGCAGCCGUCAGUCAGGCUGAGGAGGAGCUGGAGAAGAUACAGAAGGAGAUGGCCGAGCUCAAGAGGACCGGCGCUGAGCUGGAGAAGCUCUCUCACACUGAAGACCACAUCCACUUUCUUCAGAAGUGUAAGUCUCUUCACUUCCCUACAAAGUCCGUGGAGAUGCCCAGCACUGAUGCGCUUCAUUAUUUGAUGUAUAAAACCACGAAAGGGGCGCUGGUUAACCUGAAGGACAAUCUGGAUGAUACACUUCAAAAAGAAUUCUCCAAAAUAUCUGAAAAGGUCACUUUACUGAAAGAAAGCAGCAGUAAGAACAACUCUGAAAAGGCUAAAGUUAAAGACGCUGACAUACCCUACAACUCAGAACCAAAGACGAGAGCUGAUUUUCUUCAAUAUUACAACGAUAUAAUCCUGGACCCGAACACUGCCAACUCUUACUUGUGCUUCUCUGACGGGCAACGAGCCGUGACCACACGCGCCGACCCGCAGCCCUACGCGGACCACCCAGACCGCUUCACCAGCUGGGCACAGGUGCUGUGUAAGGCCGGGAUGGCUGGACGCUGCUACUGGGAGAUCGAGUGGACCGGAAACGGAGGGGUUUCCGUCGGCGUGUGCUACAAGAACAUGAGCCGGGCCGGAGGAGGGAGCGAGUGCAAGCUGGGGCACAACUCUAAAUCGUGGAGCCUGGACUGCUCACCCACAGCCUGCUCAUUUCAGCACAAUAAGGAGAGCAUGACUCUCAGUGCCCAGUGUGCUAGCAGAAUAGGAGUGUAUCUAGAUUUCAGAGGUGGGACUUUAUCCUUCUUUAAUGUUUCUGAUGCAAUGGUUCUGCUUCACAAAGAGAAGAUCACAUUCACACAGCCUCUAUACCCUGGAUUCUGGGUGGGGCUGGGCUCCACUUUGAAGCUGUGCUCAAUUUAACAUGUGAAGACAGG